AUCCCCAAAAGUACAAGUAUAGGAAUACGAAAAAUGCGCCUCCCCUACGCCCCCAACACACCCCCCCCAUCCGAUCCCUCCCCCAGCACCCCCGAAAUCUACGCCCGAAUCGCCUCCCGCCGCCACCCCCGCCCCCUCAUCCCCCUCGACCUCUCCCUCCUGCACUCUCCCCCCGUCGCCGACGGCUGGAACUCCUUCCUAGGCGCAAUCCGCACCCAAACUAUCAUCGACCAGGGCCUGUUAGAACUAGCCGUUUGUCGAGUCGCUGUUCUCACGAACGCUAUAUACGAAUGGAAUGCGCAUGCACCGCUUGCGUUGAAGGGGGGGAUUAAACCGGAGGAAUUGCAGGUUGUGCGGACGUUGCCUUGUCUUGCUGGGGAGGGUGUUGGGGAGGAGGUGGAGGGGUUGUUGGAGGGUUCUGCGUUGACGGGAUUGCAGAGGGCGGUGGUGCGGUAUACGGAUGAGAUGACGAGGACGGUGAAGGUGAAGGAGGAGACGUUUCGGGCGUUGCAGAGUGAAGAGGCGGGGGCGGGGUUGUCGGAUCGGGAGGUGGUGGAGUUGACGACCGGGAUUGCGGGGUAUAAUUGUGUGAGUCGGGUGUUGGUGGCGUUGGAUGUGGGGGAGAAUAAUGGGAAGAGGAUGAAGGAUGUGGAGGAGUUGGUUGAAGAUCUACAGAAGUGAGCUUGGUGCAGGAGGGGGGAGGGGGUUGUAAAUACUGAUCACUAGAGGAAUUCUUGUUCAUAGCCCUAAUUCACUACGGAG